AUGGCUAUUAUCGAAGGGUGGUUACCACCCACUCGGGAGAACUACGACCUGAUCCUCAAAGUCUGGCAGAUAUCUUACCCAAUUAUUGGUUCGAUGCAAUGGCUUACCAGUUGGUAUGGCAUGGGCAAAACCUCAGUCACAAGCCCUCUUAACCUACCCGGCCGUAUUGGCUGGUUGACCAUGGAGGCACCUGGAUUUCUGACGCUGCUGUACCUGAUGAAAGUUCUUCCUGAACAGUAUGGAGUCGACGAUCUUCCGUGGCAGAAUAAAGUGCUUGCGGGUCUGUUUCCCUCCAUGUCACCGGUGCACAUUGCUGUGUGGCUGCUCGGCUUGAGUUUUCAGAUUUGCAACGCAACAUGUAUUGGAUCAUGGCUCGCAGCAUAUGGCCCCACCACUGAAGCAGCAUGGUCAUCACAAUCAUCCAUAUUGCAAUUCUCAUCAGGUAUUCUAAUCUUCUAUCUCGGUCUAUCCGGCAACUUCUUCCACGACGAGGAACUACGAGACAUACGCCGGCGCGAGGCCCAGCGGCAAGAGCGCGCCAAGCUGGACGGCCACGCGAGCAGCAAGGGCGUGGAGAAGCACUACCAGAUUCCGCAGGCAGGACUGUUCCGGUACGUGCUGUACCCUCACUACCUGUGCGAGUGGGUAGAGUGGGCUGGGUUCUGGAUGGCGGCGGGCUGGGGAUGCGCGCCUGCGAGGGCGUUUCUGGUGAACGAGAUGUUCGCCAUGUUUCCGAGGGCUGUCAGGGGACGGAGGUGGUACCUGGAGAGAUUUGGAGAGGACAAGGUUGGGAGGAGGUGGGCUGUUAUCCCGGGGGUGUGGUGA